CAACAAUGCCCUGACAGCUCUGUGCAAAAUCCUUCAACCUCAGUGACUGCAAUUCUGAGCCAGCGGCUGCACACUCACCCCAAAGACAGCAAUGGCCUCCUCUACUCAGCCUCGUUCUUGCAUUGUGACCAAACAAGAAGGGAAGGGCUUUGGUUUUUGUUUACGUAUUGAGAAAGGCGAGGUUGGCCAUCUCGUUCGUGCUAUUGAACCUGGCAGUUCUGCUGAGAAGGCGGGUCUGAAGGACGGAGACAGACUGCUGAGAGUCAAUGGCAAAUUUGUGGAUGACAAAGAACAUGCUGAGGUAGUCACUCUGGUAAAGGACAGUGGGACCAGCGUAACUCUUGAGGUUUUGGAUAAAGUUGCCUAUGAAAAUGCCAAGAAAAAGGGAGAAGAUUUGUCGAAACUUGAUCAAAAUUCAAAUCAACCAGCAAAGCAACCAGAAGCCCCCCAGCCUGCCGUACAAACCCCACAGCCUGCUGUACAAACCCCACAGCCUGCCGUACAAACCCCCCAGCCUGCUGUACAAACCCCACAGCCUGCCGUACAAACCCCACAGCCUGCCGUACAAACCCCACAGCCUGCAGAGCAACCGUUAGCCAAUGUAGGAAAAGCUCUGACACGAAGGCCAAGGCUGUGCUACUUGGUUAAAGAAGGAAACAGCAGCUAUGGAUUUUCUCUUAAAACCACAAGAUGUGAGAGUGGAAUAUUCUUGUCAGCGCUAAUACCUAAUGGACUUGCAGUCAAAGCCGGUGUCAAGGACGAAGAUCGUAUCAUUGAAGUGAAUGGAGCAAAUGUAGAAAGUUACAGUCAUGACAAGUUGGCUAAAAUGCUGAAGGAAUCUGGGGACAGAAUCAUGUUCCUUCUGUCAGACAAGGGGACCGACGAGUACUUUAAAAGUCAGAAAAUAAAGAUUACUGCAGACAAAGCCAAUGUUGAGCAGUUGCCUUCUAAACCUAGAACUGUGGAGCUGAAGAAGGAUACUAAUGGUUAUGGGUUUUAUUUGCGACAGGAAAAAAAUCGUAAAGGUCACUUUAUUAUGGAGAUUGACUCUGGCAGCCCAGCAGAAAAGGCCAAGCUGCAGGACUAUGAUCGUGUUGUUGCAGUCAAUGGAGAGUGGGUAGAGGGGAAGGAACACGAAGAGGUGGUAAAGGUGAUUCAGAAAGGAGGAGACAAGACCACUUUGCUGAUUGUGGAUAAGAAGACUGAUGAGAUGUACACUCUGGCUGGGGUCUCGCCCUAUUUAUUUGUACAAGAAUCCCAAGGGGAAAUUAAGAGCAAAGUUAAAGGAGAGACUACUCCAGUUCCUGCAGUCAUUCCAUCGCAGACACCUGCCACUCCAACACCAACUGUUUCCCCAGCCCCAACCUCUGCUGUGGAACCUAAAAAAUCUGAAACACCAGCUGUUCCGAUUAAUGACCAAAAGCACAAGCCCAGGUUGUGCAAGCUGCAGAAGGGUAACAAUGGUUAUGGCUUCCACCUCAAUGCAAUCAAGGAUACGCAAGGCCAGUUCAUGAACCAGGUAGUAAAGGGAGGUCCGGCAGAUGUGGCUGGAAUCAAAGACAAAGAUGUUCUGCUGGAGAUCAAUGGGCUAAAUGUGGAGAAGGAGAGCUAUGAAGAUGUUUUGAUUAGAAUCAAGGAAACUAAAGGUAUCCUGACUUUGUUAGUGGCAUCAGAGGAGGCCUAUGACUACUUCAAGGAGCAAAAAAUCCCAAUAACUGCUUCAAUGGCAGAUCCUGUAAGUGAAGAGUCUCCCAACUCCAAUGUGGUUGCCCCAGCAAACAAAGCUAGAGCUGCCCCUGAGCCAAUAGAAAUGCAAUCCAACCAGAAACCCUCAGAGGAACCAAAGGAGAAAGAAGAGGAGAAAGAAGAGGAGAAAGAAGAGGAGAAAGAGGAGCAGGAAGAGGGUGACACUAAUCUGUAAUUUUAAAGGGCUUUCUGCCCAUCUGUCUUGAUUAUCCAUUUUCAUUUCUUAUUGGUUAAACCAUAAAAAGUAGCAAAUACAGACAGCCUGAUGGUCCUCAUACAAUGAAAGACCAUUGUCCUACAACAGGAGAAUACACUGACACUCAUGGACUUUAUCCCUUCAUUGAUACAAAUCCAUUCAUUCAGGAGGACAAUGUAAGCUGAAGAGAACUCUAUGGACAUUUGCCAAAUACACUCUUAAAACUGCCCGGUCUUCCCUUCAUAAGAAGCCAAUAUGGUAGCAGGUGCAUAGAGUGAAACUGGUCAAUCUCGAUUAACAAGUGAGAGGAAGAAAUAUUCCUCAUUAUUCAGCUAUUUAUUAAUGUUCUGCAAACCUUACAAGCUAAGACAUGUUGUGAUGUGAGAUUGGGAGAUGAAGUUACCACGUCAGAUGUCACUUCCUCCCUCCCAUGAGGAGCAAGUUCGACUUCUGCUGCCUUUAGGCAGUGGGGGAAAUCUGAGAAGCAGUUCCAUAGCUUGUAUAGAAACCAUUGUGAGACCUUGUCUUGCAAAUCUCCAGCCGCCACCUACUGUAUGGCCAAACAAUGUAAAAUGGCUGCUUAGCGGUUACCCAGUGUUGUGUUUUGGAAAUUAUUUUUUGAACGAGAUAUUAAUAAGUUAAACUUAGACUUUAAUAAAGUCAAUCUUGUCUUUCCAUGUAUAAAGAUGAUUAAAUAAAAACAAACCAAAACAGGUGGAAAAGGAA